AUGAAGGCCGCCACGUCGUCUAACUUGGAGGCGACGCUUGAACCUGGCGGCAAAUCACCAACAAGUGAGUAUCUUGGAUCCUUUGAAAAAACCAUCAUCUUUCCGGAUGCGUAUAUCGAUGCCGCUGAUAAAUGGUAUGCUAGAGACAUUAAUAUGAACUUCGGCCAAACAUGCCAUGCUGGAACUCGAUUUUGUGUGCACAAAGAUGUCUAUGGCGAGUUUCUUGCCAAGUUUACACAGCACAUAAAAUCAAUUACUGUCGGACAUCCCUUUAACAAGGCUGCAGAUCAUGGUCCUCCUAACAAUGACGCGCGCGAAGAGGUUUUUGGGCUCGGAGUCGCCAAUUCCGAAUUCUCUUUAGAUGGAGAGGUCAAUAAACAGGCUAAUAGUAGGACAUACGGCCUUGCAGUGGCAUGUCAUACCAAGGGCUAUGAGCGGGGCCAUUCG